AUGCAAUUACAACAAUUUGACUAUAUCUUCGCGAUUGCGGUGAUUUUCGCCUUCUUGGAUGCCUGGAACAUUGGUGCCAAUGAUGUUGCCAACUCUUUUGCCUCCUCUGUUUCCUCCAGAGCUUUGAAGUACUGGCAAGCGAUGAUUUUGGCCGCCAUCUGCGAAUUUUUGGGUGCCGUGUUAGCUGGUAGCAGAGUUGCGGAUACGAUUAGAAAUAAGAUCAUGAAUAUCGAAAAGUUUGAGGAAGACCCAGCCGUUUUGAUGUUAGCCAUGGCUUGUGCUUUAGUCGGUUCUUCUACUUGGUUGACUAUUGCUACCUCCAUCGGUAUGCCUGUUUCCACUACACACUCUAUCGUUGGUGCUUCUAUUGGUGCGGGUAUUGCUUCUAUCGGUGGGAAGAACAUCCACUGGGGUUGGAACGGUGUUUCCCAGAUCAUUGCUUCCUGGUUCAUUGCUCCAUGUAUCGCUGGUGGUUUUGCCUCCAUUAUCUUUUUGAUCUCCAAGUUUGGUGUCUUGGAAAGAAAGCAUGCCGUUCGUAAUGGUUUAUGGUUUGCUCCAUGUCUCGUUUACUUGACCUUCAGCAUUUUGACCAUGUUGAUUGUUUGGAAGGGUGCUCCAAAUUUGAAGUUGAACAAGUUAUCGGGUCAAACGAUCAUCUCAUCCAUCUUCGGAGUUGGUGCCGUUGCCACCACUUUGUAUAUGAUCUUCGUAUUCCCUGUUAUGCAGAGAAAGUUGAUCCACGAAGAUUGGACUUUGAAGUGGUACGAUGUGUUCAGAGGUCCAAUCUACUACUUCAAGAGCAUCGAUUCUAUCCCACCAAUGCCAGAAGGCCACCUCUUGGUUAUCGAUUACUAUAAGGGCCGUCGUGGUAUCACCGAAACAACCGAAGCUGCCACUUCAGAGGACUCCCUUGCUGUUCGUGAAACCUCUAACGUGAAUGCUCCUGCUAAACUUGACACCGAGCCUAAGAUGUCUACUCGCCAAUUAUGGUGGUACUUGUUCAAGCAGGGCCCAAGCCAAUGGGGUCACUUGGGUUGGUUGAUGCUCAAGCACGGAUGGGACCAGGAUAUUAUCAAUUCCCAACUUUCUGAAAAGGAUGCCUUGAGUGGUGACUUGGCUGGUAUGCACUCCAGAUCGAAGUUUUACGACAACAAAUUGGAACACUUGUUCUCCUUGUUGCAAGCCAUUACCGCCUGCACCAUGUCCUUCGCCCACGGCUCUAACGAUAUCGCCAACGCCGCCGGUCCGUUAUCUACUGUUUACACCGUGUGGAAAACUAACACUGCGGGCUCUAAGGCCGACGUUCCAAUUUGGGUCUUGUGUUUCACCGCCGGAUCCUUGGUUUUGGGUUGUUGGACUUACGGUUACAGAAUCAUGAAGAAUUUGGGUAACAAGUUGAUUUUACAAUCCCCAUCCCGUGGCUUUGCCAUUGAAUUGGGUGCCGCCAUCACCACUGUCAUGGCUACUCAAUUGGGGAUUCCAGUCUCCACCACUCAGAGUGCUGUCGGUGCUACCGUCUUUGUUGGCUUGUGUAACAAGGACUUCAAGGCUGUUAACUGGAGAAUGGUUAUCUGGUGUUACUUGGGGUGGUUAGUCACUUUACCAUGCGCCGGGCUCGUGGCUGGUAUCUUAAUGGGGAUUGUUCUCAACGCUCCUCACUUUGGUGGUGUCUACACCCUUCUGUAGGUAUGGACAGAAUAACCUUGACACAUGUG